AUGGUGAACAAAGGUAGCAACUAUCAUUGUGGUGGUGAGCUUUAUUAUCCCGCCGUCGCCGGCUAUCAGCUUGGUUUUAUUCAGAGCAUCCCGAUACCACCCAUGGAUUCCGUCAACCUACUUUCCUCUCGGUGGGUGGAAUUUAAAGAUGCAAAAGAAGUCACCACUUUGACGGAUUUCAACCAAGACUUGGUGAAAUCCUUCAAUAUUUCGAUUAGAGAUCCUCGGUUUGGUGACUCUAACAUUUUCAUCCACUGGUGGAAAGAGAUGUCGGCCAUAAGAGAAAGAAAAGAAGAGGCCCAAGCAAAAGCCGACAUCGCCGAUAAGGAAAAUCCUCCCGCCGACAUUGUUGAGAAAGAGAAUUCGGCCAAAUCUACCAAUGCAAAUUCUGGGCAGGGUGAGAAAAGGCUCAACGCCCCCAUUCAAGAUUUGCAUUUCCAACCUUCUAAAUUUUUAAUGGGCACCUCCAAGAGAUUAAGCUUCCAACUUUUUAGGAGACACCCCCGCCAAAAAUAUUGUGCCCUCACAAACAUUCCUCCUGCCCAGAAAAGUUCCGCAGAACCUCUCACCUCAAGGUUUGGUCAUCAUUCCUCUUCUCAUUCGGUCUGGGCCGUGCAAUCGGCCACUACUUCGUCCGCCGCUCCGGAAACUCAACCUUCCACACUUGAGAAGGAAAUUGGGGCACAAAUCAUGACUUCGGUGGGCGAGGAUGAGUCAGCCAAGAUCGACACCACGGAGCGCCCGGAGGAUGUUUCCACGGGGUCACACGAGAUUAUUCCCAUCUCCGAUGAUCACGCCCAUGAGCACGUGGCCGAGCUGACCGAGGAAGACUUCCCACACGUUCCAAACUCUCAUCCUUCUAAAAUUUAUUCAACACUUGCCCCAAAUUCCUUAUUUUCAACGUUUGAACAUUUUAGCAGGCCAUUUUUGGCCCUGAACUUUCUUCGGUCGACACCACGGCCAUUGAGGCCGAACUUCAGCCCCUUUUUUGCCAUGAGCUCGGACACUCCUUCGACUCGCCCUCUCGAGGCGCCUCGAAGUGGCCCAACUUUUCAGGCGGAUGUGGUGGAGUCUACAGCCAUUAUGGUUGACCAUGCGAUCGUCACUAGUGGUGUGCCUUUCACUAUUCCCACCGACGAAAGUGCACCGCCUGAGCCCGUCCUUAUGUUGACCUCGGGAGCUCCUACCUUGGUGGUCGUUGCUAUUCUAUCUGAACUCCAACUUGAGAUUACCACGGAUCCAUCGGCGGAGGAUGGAGGUAACUUGGCCAUGGUCCCUCAUGAAGAGGCCCAUCUACCAUCCCCUGAUCAGAUCAGUGGGAUGCAUCUAUAUCCUCCACGGAGGCUUCCGCUCUCCUUGCCACUUCUUCCACAUCGACCGGGGGCCCUAUCAGAUUUCGAGGCUGAGGCCAUACUUCGGUCAUACAGAGAUGGAGACCUCAUGUCCUUGGAGGACAAAGAUGAGAGAAGCAAGCUCAAGGCCAUCAUUGAGCCUUUGGCGAGUUCAGGCUUUUUCCCUGAUCCACGCUCGACAGCUAUGAUUACUCAUCUCUUUGGUCAGGUGGAGAGGUUUGCCCCCCGUCGCCGUCCUUUUUUGGAGGAGAAAAGGAUAGGCCAAGACUUGGAGCAGCGGAUUACCUCAUGUAGUGCCACCAUAAGGAGAGAGAUCGAGAUUGCCCAUCGGAUGCAACAAGGGGCUGUGGAUAUCGAUGAGCAGGUGAGGCAGCUUCAAGAGAGGAAGGCUGGCAUUGUUACCAAAGUCUCCGAGAUUGUUCGGAGUAACAGGCCUCUCGAGGCUCAACUUCGACAGGAUGCAGCGGCGGUAGGAGUGUAUCGAGAGAGGAAGUUGAUGAUUCAGUCUAACUUGUCCGCCGGAGAUACUGCGAUGGAGAGUUUUAGGACUGCCCUUCGUACCCUUUUCCUUGAUGCUUAG